CGUCAGAUUUAGUGUAACAUCCGUAAUUUGAGUGGUUUAAUGAUGGUGCAUCUCUGCUAGCAUAUAUUUUUAAAUAUUUACCCUGUUGCAUACUUAUGAAAAGAUUGAUGACAUUGCUUCGAAGUAUGUCGAGUCUCUGAUAUUUUGCCACUAAUAUUAGCAAUCUUUGAACAACAACAACAACAAAGCGCGGUUAAUUGAAAUUUGGAAGUGUUGAGUAUUCCGUGUUUUGUUCACUGACUUUUGGAGGUUAUUUUUGCUGUAAUGAAUCGUAACUACUUUUGAAUUACAUCUUCGCUGUAGUACGUACGUUAUCUAAGAAUCCUGCACUAUCUACCAAUAAAGAAAUUAGUGAAAGUGUUUUCCGAAAUGAAGUGUCUGUGUUGUCAAACUUGCAGCAAGUAAUGAGCGAAUUCAUCAUCGUUCAAGUUGGCCAAUGUGGUAAUCAGAUAGGAAACGAAUUCUGGCCACUUGUUCUUCAGGAACAUGGUAUCCAUUGGAAGAAUCAGAAAAUUUCCACACAGAAGCUACAGAAAUCUAAGCAAAUGGAACUAUCAAAAGCACUCCACAGUUUCUUCUCCAUACCCAAAUCUUCAACAGAAUCCACGUACAAAACUGUGGCUGAUUUGGAGAGAGGAAAGGUAAAAGCAAGGGCUUUAUGCAUUGACAUGGAAGACAGUGUUGUAGCUAAUUACAGAAAUGGGCCAUUGCGCAACAUAUUUGAUAAAGCCUGCUUACUGACAAAUUAUCCUGGCUCGGGAAAUAAUUGGGCUGAAGGAAACUUGUCUCAUGGUAGAAGAUACGCAAGCAAGAUAGAAAACUUGCUUCGGAAGUCAGCAGAAUCUUGCGAUCAGUUGCAUGGUUUCUUGCUCCUUUUCUCAGUUGGAGGUGGCACAGGCUCUGGUCUGGGAUCUUCUCUGCUGCCGUUAUUAUCAGACAUUUUUCCAGAUGUACACAGGUUGGUGACGUGUGUUUAUCCUGCUGGCAAUGAUGAUGUUAUAACAGCUCCUUACAAUGCUGCUCUAGCCACACAACAAUUGACAGAUCAUGCCGACUGUGUCUUUCCAGUUGGAAAUAAGGCACUGAUUGAUAUAUGCAGCCGCAUGCGCAGAAGUCGAGAUGAGGAAGUGGUUCGUCGAAUUGUCAGAUCCAAACCAUUUCAGGAUAUGAAUCAUAUCAUUGUUCAUAUGCUUCUCAAUUUAACAAGUGGAGCUAGAUUUCCUGGGACUCUCAAUGUAGAUAUGGGUGACAUUCCAACUAAUAUGGUGCCAUUCCCAGGACUGCAUUAUAUUUCCAGUGCUAUUAGUCCCCUGGGGGCACUGUUGAGGAAAGAAGAACUUUUUCCUGCUGUUUGGUCAAGGGACAACCAAUUAAUUAAUGUUGAUCCUGUGUCAGGAGUUACUAUGGCAUCUCUUCUUGUUGCCAGAGGAGAUGUGUCUCUUGUUGAAAUGCGCUCAAAUAUUGACAGGUAUCAGAAGAAGAUUAAAGUUGCUCCAUGGAGUGAGGAUGCAAUUAAAACUGGUCUUUGUUCUGUCCCUCCAGCUUAUUGCCCUUCAUCAGUUUUGGGACUUUAUAACACAUCAUCAAUGACCGAUCUUUUUGAGAACGUAUUAACACAGUUUAAAAAACUCUAUAGCCGAAAGGCUCAUACACAUCAUUACCUUCAAGUUGACGGAUUUGAUGAGUCAUAUUUUCUCUCAAGUAUGGAAAGUCUCCAAACUUCAGCUGCAGACUACAAAAAGAUAUUGCACCAGGAUGUUGUGAAAAUACCUAGAAUACAGGUUGUGUGAUCUGUGCUGUAGUGAGAUUGUGUUUGUAAUGCAAACAAAUGAAUUUUUACUAAAUGCUGAGAUAAAAGAUGGUUGCAAACAUGUAAAUAUUGCAUAUUUUUAUACCUGACAGCACUCUGAUUUUUUGACUUUGGUGUUUUAUUAAAUAAGCAUGGUACUGUGAACAGUCAGCAUUGGAAUGUUGAAUUUUGUAAAUUCCACUGUAAUGGAAGGUGAAAGUUGCUUAACAAAUAUACAGUCCUACUAUUAUAA